AUGACCUGUGACGUCACAUAAGGUCAUUUAGUUACAUCAGCUGGCCGUCACGUCGUGCCGGGUUUAACCUUGUAGCUGGUCCUAGUAGUGGUUAUAACAUCAGUUUGAGAAGCUCUUUGACAGAGGAAGGAUAACCAGCUUAAGCAGUAACCGAUACAAGCUAGGAUUAUAUGACUGACCCUGAUAAGAUGACGUCCGCCCCUCAGAAGCCAGAGAUAGCACCUCAGUGGGAGGAGUCUCACGGCAGUAAACUGUGGAGAAAAACUAAAGAAGCACCUUUUGUUCCAAUUGGCCUUGUUGGGCUGACCGGGGCUGUGGUGAUGGGGGCAAUCAAGUACAAGAACCGGGGACAGAUGACAACAUCCAUGUACUUGAUGCAAUUACGUGUCGUUGCGCAGUCAAUGGUGGUCGGGGCCAUGACUUUGGGUGUAGGCUAUUCUCUGUUAUCAGACUACUUCAAGACCUCAGAUUCACCGAAAAACGGCUGAUCAAACAACUGUAAUAAUCUCAAUGCGUAUCCAAAUUUCAGGAUAAUUUUGUCAUGGCUUUCUAGACAGGACCAAACACAAUAAUAUUUAUUUCUUUUUCAUUGCAAUUCCUACAUGGACCUUGCUAUAAGAAAGCCACUAAGUUGACUUGCAUGUGAAGGCCUUACGGUGUACAGGAAUAUUCAUGUUCAAGUUUCCCAGGUAUUUUAGAUCAACACUUUUAAGUACACUUCUGUUAUAGAAGUGUGUGAUUUUUAGUUAUCUGUAAUUUACUUGUGGAGGAACUGUGAUAGUUUUGUCGGUUUAAGAGAUAUUUGUUGUCCAUUUAUGAGCUGCCUCAACUACAUAUUUUUAUGCAGUGAGAUGUUUUUUGCUGAAGUCUGUCUGCUUCCCAUGCUUUUAAAAAUCUUCAAAAGUUAUAUUUAUUGCAGCCAUGUCAUUUACAGUUACUUUAAUUUUAUAGCUUUUGUGCUGAUUGAGAGACCAGUGAGUUUUCAGUACAUGUACAUAUAUUUGUAAACGUCAAAACAUUCAGUUCUCAUUUCUAUCGAGCAUCGCAUUUUAACGCUAUGACUGCGACAAAUAUAAUUGUUAUAUUAUUGUGUUUAUAGAGUACAGAGAAAGGUAUUUGAAAGUUUGUGUUUAUAUGAAAAGAAAUUGUAAUUGGCACUAUUAAAACUGAAAGUGUCAACCAAACAAUGUUUUUAUAAUACAUUUUGCAACCACACCCCUGAAUUCCAACCUUUU